GUACAGGGCUGCCCGCGUGCAGCCGUACGUGCCUACGUCACACGCAACAGUCCUGAGAGUUGUGGGAUACAAGAUGGUCGCCGCCUUUUGUGAUACCUGGUGUGCGGUUUCCUCAUAAUAAUUCGUGGCACCUAAUAGCGAGCCGGUUAACACCCUGCAGGAUACAAUGCCUAAGUGAUUUCGGUUUUCUGAUAUUCAUCGCAAAAUUCGCAUUCGGGUUGUUGUUUCAUAAUGUCAGAGCGGGACUCCAAAGUGAAGAGACGUCCAGCCCAGUCGAGCACAGCAUCAGAUGAACGAAGGUCCCGGAGCACAGAAAAGGACAAGAGGAAGCGGAAGCGCAGUCGUAGCCGGUCAUCUUCGUCAGCUUCCACCUCGUCUAGCUCAUCUUCCUCAUCAUCAUCCUCGUCUUCCUCAUCGUGCUCCUCCCUCAGUCGGAGCAGCUCCAGCAGCAGCAGCAGCAGCAGCAGCAGUGGGGAUUCCCACAGCAAGUCAAAGUCCAAGAAGAGGAGUAAGGAAAAGCGUCACAGAAAGAAGGGAAAGAAACAGAAAAAACACAGAAAGAAGAAGGACAAGAAGAGUAGAGGUGAAGAUGACGAUUCUGGUCCGGUGCAAAUAUCCAAGUAUCUCAGGGAGAAGAGGAAGAGUGGGAAGUACAGCAUGAUCUCCGGAAAGAGGAUCAAGCUGAAAGUCAAGAAGUCCAAGAAAGACAAGCAGAGGGAUAAAAAUCGCGCAGAACUGCUUGAGUUCCUGAACUCUGCCCUGUGAACAGACCCCCCGGAUUGUGGCUGUAAUACAGCACCCCCCCCCCCCACUGCCACCCCGUCACUGUAGUUACAGAAUUUUCCUCGACGUCCUGAAUCCUUUUGCCAGGAGUUUCCUUGCAACCAGCUACAAUGAAACUCAGGGAAAUUCUUCACCUGAUCCUGCACAGGGGUCGCGAUCCUGCACAGAGGUCACGAUCCUGCACAGGGGUCGCGUUGCUCAUCACGUUUACCCGUCAGGACGACCACAAGAAAGUCUGGGCAGAUGUUGAAUAAGAUCUCAGCAGAACAGUUGACCCUGUGGAUUAGACUGGAAGAAACCUGUUGUCCACAAAUUAUUGGAACUCUUUCCCUGCCACGAUUUAACAUUUCAUGGGUUUUAACCCUUUAGUAAGCAAUACAACAUAUUUAGGAUAAUCAUUACUUAAGGCAAAUCUUAACUUUUUCACUGUUUCAGUCUUGAAUCCUUGUUCCAGCUCUUCUCCUCCUCCAGGGGUCAUUCCUGUGAUCCAUUACCUGCCUCUACUUAAAGAACUACCCUUCUCGUCAUUUGUUUACGGUGGUGCUUAUUGAAAAUAUGGUUUUAAGAACCAGGGGGUUUGGUAGGUGCAACAUCAGAGUAUUACACCAAUGUCUGAGCUAAAGUAAAGAUUGAUGAGAUCCUUUUAUGAUGACUGAAUACUGUGUUUAUUUUUAUAGACAGUCUAGCUGGAGGAACGACAGGAACGUGGUUCUGAGGGAGUCCGUGGUUAAUGUUUCUUUUUAUGCUCAGAUGAUGCAGUAUGAUUGCUCUUGCAUUCAGAUCAGAUCCAUGUAAAUAUUGGCCCUAACAAUCCCUGUACCAGAGUGAUACCAUUCACAGAAUAUUCUGGAAUAUUCCUGAAAGAAAAGCUUUCUGCCUGCCUUGAUUGGUCACUUUGACAGGAUAUCUUCUUUUCAGAAUCAAUGUCAAUGUAACAUUCCCCCCCCCCUUUAAAUAAAAUAUAUAUGUGUGUG